AUGAUGCGCUAUUCAAAAGUGUUUUUUGCUUUAUGUCUAAUUCUUAUUUGUUCAACGAUACAAGCCGGUGGAAAUGUUGAUGAAAACAAGGAUGACACUGAACAUGACCAUUCUGAACACGACCACGAAGACAGUGAUUCUGAUGACGAAUUAAAUGGACAUGAAGGCGAUGUAGUUUUUGAGGGCGAUGACGAUGAUUUCAGUGAAGAGGAUGAUGAUCAUGAUACCGAUGAUCAUGAUGGCAGCGAAUUAAGAUAA